CUGUGCUACCCCGGCCCCGCCCGCCCGCCCGGAGCUCCCCGCCGCCGGGAGCGUGCAGGCGCCGCGGGUCAGUGCGUAGCGGAUCCCAUGGCUGCGUGAUGCUCCUGAGACAUCGCCUUGGCUGAUAAGUUCUGUGCUUCUGCAGCACCUUUUACCCGAGGAUUUCCAAGUGCUUUGCCAAGUAUCAUUGUGCUUGUGGGGCACGUGAGGCACAGAAAGGAGGAAGGACCGGUGCGAAGCAGCAGCAGGACAUCACCAGCUGGGCAUGGAACCAGGGUGUCCUGAAUCCCAGCAGGACUUUGCCGGUCCGCCGUGCAGCAGCAGGAUUGGACCCGUGAGGGAGGUGGCAAAGUGAGGGGAAGAGAGAGCAGGAGUGUAGAGACCCACGCCACAGAGGUGCUGCAGUCUCUGCUUCAGAACGAGGGCACAGACGGAACUGCCACCUUGCCAUUCUGCAGAGAUAGUUUAGGACGCGGGAAAUUGAGAUCAGCAUUUGAAUGCAUGGAAGACUCAGGAGAUUUUCACAACUCUUGUGAGGUGACGAGCAGUGGCCGCGAUGAAAGCAAUAGCCAUUGGGUGAUGCCUCACCUGCUGAUAAAAAUGCUCAGCAAAUCCCGUUGGAAGAUACUCGCACUGCUGGUGGUGUUUGCCGUGAUGGUGUGGUAUUAUACCUCCUGGGAAGAGAGGUACAUACAGCUCUUUUAUUUCCCUGUGCAAGAAGAGAAGUCAUUGUGUCCCCAAGGAGAGGUGGAAAAGAAAACUGCAUUGCUCAUAGGAAAUUACACACGGGACCAUCCACUGUUCUUACAGCUAAAGGAUUACUUUUGGGUGAAGACCAUCUCCCCAUAUGAGCUGCCAUAUGGUACUAAAGGAAGUGAAGAUGUUCUUCUCCGGUUGUUAGCAAUCACAAGCUACUCAGUGCCUGAAACCAUCCUAAGCAUGAAGUGCCGGAGGUGUGUGGUGGUGGGGAAUGGACACCGGCUCAAGAACAGCUCCAUGGGGGAAGCAAUUAAUAAAUACGAUGUUGUGAUCAGGUUGAACAAUGCACCAGUUUAUGGGUACGAGCAGGACGUUGGCUCCAAGACUACCAUGCGCUUGUUUUACCCAGAGUCUGCACACUUCAACCCCCAAAGGGAGAACAACCCAGAUACACUGCUGGUCUUGGUGCCAUUUAAACCCAUGGAUUUCCAUUGGAUGGAGUCCAUCCUCAAUGACAAGAAGCGAGUACGGAAGGGGUUUUGGAAACAGCCGCCUUUAAUCUGGGAUGCAAAUCCAGAGCAAGUGCGAAUUCUGAACCCUUAUUUUAUGGAAAUAACUGCUGCUAAAUUGCUUAAUCUUCCAAUGAAGCAACUGCGGAAAGUUAAGCAGAAACCAACAACGGGAUUGUUAGCUAUCACCUUGGCAUUGCACUUCUGUGACGUAGUACAUAUUGCAGGCUUUGGCUACCCUGAUUCUGGCAAUAAGAAACAGACCAUACACUAUUAUGAGCAAAUCACAUUAAAGUCCAUGGCUGCUUCGGAGCACAAUGUCUCUCAUGAGGCAUUAGCUAUAAAGAAGAUGCUUGAAUUGAGAGUUGUCAAGAACCUCACUUACUUCUGAUGGGACCAUGGACUGGAAUUACCUGCAAAUUGUCCGGGCAGUUUAGAGUCUGCCAUGGCUGCCUGUCACUGAGAGCCUCCCAACACCCAUUGGCUUGGAGACACCACCAUAGCCUUUGGCUCUUGCAUAUUGGCCUCAAAUAUGCUCCUUGCUCUUGGCAGUGUUGGUAGCUAGGGAUAAUGAUGGCCCUGGAGAAGGUGGGCAGAGGGGGAAGGGCUGGUCCCUGGGGCUGUUGAGUCCUCCUUGCCUUGGGCAAUGAUACUCUUAUCUACAUUGUGUCAAGACUUUCGAAGUAGAGGCCUCUGAAGUCUUCAAUGUCAUGGGACGGAUUAAUCAUGUUGGGGCCAGUCCAGCACUGACUUUUAGGCCUUCAGCAUGGCACAAUGAGGCACUUCCUAUGGGAUAGACCAUUCCCAUGGCUUGCUGCUACACUGACUACUUUGGCCUCCAGCUCUUCACAGAGAACUUUAGCUGUUCUACCAUGCUCUUUAAUUUAACCACCUACAGCAUUUCCCUUGGAGCAGGAUGGGCUUGAAUGAAGGACUUUAAACUUCUCACCAAAUUGGUUUGCUCUUUGAGUCUGAAUGAGGCAAAGGGUGCCAGUUUGCUUCCUGACCCCAGUCUGGGGGCUGGCUUUGGGAAGCCUGAAAUGGCACCAAUUGUGAAUAUUAUUUUGAGAAGGGAGGAUGCCUUACAGUAUUUUGCAGUGAAUAUUGAUACCAAAACACUGAAUUGGAGCAGAACUUCCUGGGUUUGGGGAAUUGGAAAUUCGUGUCCAUGGACCGGGAGCAUGUGGGUGUGUGAGUGUCCAUUCCAGCAUCUACUUGCUGUGGGUGGUUCUGUUACCCAGGAGAAAAUCUUUGGGUAAAUGUUGGGGUCCAUUUUUCCUCUCUCCACUGCAGGAGAGCUAGUGAACAGUGCUCACUGAAAAAGGUUUAAACUAAAAGGUGGAGAGUGUGGUUAACCAGAGGAUUGGAAAGCAUCACAUCAUUUUCAAAUGACGGAAGUAAGAUGAAGAGUAGGAGUUUUCAUCCUGUUAUAUAGGAUGAUGGCUGGUAAGAACUUAAACCAGAGAGCUUUUCAGAUGGAUACACAAGCACUUUGUUUGGAGGAAGAACUGUGGGCUUUUCAAGGAGCUAGCACCUGGUGUAGCUCUGCUCUGAGGCAAGGAUGGGUGGAGCCUUCUGCUCCACAACUUGGACAUGUAUGAAGUUUGGGGAAAUACUGCAUUUUUCUGUUUUUUAACUCGUGAUCCAGCUGUUCCAGUUUGCGUCUCAAGUGCUUAUAUUGCAGGUGAGAAGAGCCAGAUUAAUAGCCCUGGAGAUCAGAGUUCUUGGUUGAGCUUCAGAGCCAGCUCCACAUGUGCAGCAGGACUGGAUGUCCCUGCUCUCCUGCUCCUACCCAAUGUGCCUUAGUGCUGUCCUGCAGGCUUUGAGGGGAGGCCAGUCUCCGUAACUUGUGCAAUCCUUGCCCUCCCUGCCAAGAUUGCCAAUGAAGAGGGUGAUUGGGAUGUGGACAGUUUACUGGAACAGUUCUCUUGGUCAACAUUUGAUCCUGAACUGGGGGUCAGUGAUGCACGCUGCAGAAUUCUAGGUCGCCCUGUCAACUGGGGAGGGGGAGGGCAGGUCAGUUCUUCCACUGAACUAAAGGGGCUCAGACCUUAUGGAUCAGAGUAGAAAACUCUUUUGAGCAGGCUGCAUUGUAGCUUGGUGCUCGUUAAUUUAAAAUUAACAUUAAUUUAAAAUUAUUUAUCUUGGAAGUGUAGAUAUCUAUUGCAGAGUGCGUUAUAUGUUUGGUUGCAGUGAGUGAGUUCAUUGUGGGUUCAAUGACAAACAGUUUUAUUUGACAGUGUUGAAACGUUAUUGUCUUUCUACUGUGACAUGCUGGGGGGAGGUUAACUUUGGGGAUAUUCCCUGUGAACCCAUUCCCAGUUCAAGGCAUGGAAUUGAUUGCUCCUGCUGUCCACAGAGGCAGAGGAAAGGGAUUGCAACUUGGGCAAAUGUCUGUCUGUAAAGUGCUGAUAUCAUCACUGAGUAUCCAUUCCCAGAUCCACUGAAAGACUCUUGUGGACUUUGUGUGUUGGGUCCCCAAAUCACUUUGUACCACUCAAAAGCUAUGUCCUCCUUUUUCUGUAGUAACAGUGUCCUACCUUGGGUUCCACCUUGCGUAUUGCUCAAGGGCAUGCUUAGGAUAACAAGAGCUUGGCCAUAUCCUUCCUUUUUUCCCCACUUCCCACCAGUACAAUGCCAUUGCUUACCUUGCCAGCCUAUGGAGCAGGACUCUGGAGACCAUUUGCAAAUCCAUGUCUCUUUAUUGGUCAGCAAGUUGUGCCAGUCCCUGUUUCUGUGCCUGGUGAUGCAGGGCACCACUGAUGUAGUGAUACUGGCUUUGCCCAUCCCUACUUACUACUCCACUGGAUGCCAGUGUGGUAGCUCCAUGAGGCUCACUCAUCUGAAAUGAAGCAGGCAGGAGCUUAGCUCAAGUAGCUUGAACUUCUUAUCCCUGCCUCAUUUGGCUCCUGCUCUCUCACUUCCUUGCAUGUGCUGGAUUUGCUGUGGAGGUAACGGUGACUGAGCAGGAGAGCUAUAGGCAGUGCCUAACUGUGACGGAUAUCUGGCAGUGCUGCAGACCCUGCUGGCUAAGCACAUCUGGCUCAUUUGGGGACCCACCAAGCUGAUGCUGCUCCAUCAGUGAACAAUGGCUCCUUGUAAUUCCUGUGUAGGUCCUAGUUCACAUUUCAGGGAGGAUACACUAUGGGUAGGCCUGAAAAGGGGACAUUUUACCUUACUGUUCCACUGUGUUUCUCUGUAGCUGGGCUACAGCUGGUAAGUCACCUCCAAACAACUACUUCCAGUGGCAGCUGCAGGCACCAUGUGGCCCCGGAGGCUGUGGGAGCCCUAAGUCUCUCAGAAACGAGCUGGAAAACUCUGGCUUUGCUCUCUCCUGGUUGAUAUUCUGGUUCUUAGUCUACGCACUAUGAAUCAUCAGUGUAAAUUGUACAGCAGCUUUUUCUCAGUCAGCAUUAAAACUCAGAACCAAAUUCUGCUCUCAUCUGUGCUAGUGUUAAUGAAGAGUCUCCAGUUAACUCAGUGGAAUUGCUCUGGAUUUGACACUGGUGGAACUGGGAGCAGAAUAUGACCCUUGGUAUUGAAGGUGGCUACACCUGGAGUUAUUUAAAAAUAACUGUUCAGGAAUGGUUGUUCUUAAAUAACUGCAUGGGUGGACAUGCUCAUUCCAGAACGAGGGUGUAGCAGAUUGUCCCUGAGCUUUUAUUUUCCCUGGGGCAAACUUGUUCCCACAACAUCAGUAAUAAAACAAACAAACCUGAUUAACAAACAAACAAAGGAUUAAUCCAAAACCUGCGGUCCUUCCUUGGACCUGGAGAGGGCAACCCCAGUUUUAUGCUGUCCCCUCAGCACCACAGUCUUCCCUCCUUAACUCCCUUCCCUAGGAGCUUUUAACUUCCUUUGUGGCCAAGCAGUCAUCCCUGUCAGCUGGUCCCAUGCCCCUGACCAGGCAGGCUAUUCCCCCCGGCACCUGGACUCCCACCCCUGAACCAUGUACCCAGCUGCACAUCCUCCCUUCCAAGAGUUGAACCCAGGAUACACUUUUCCCUUUCUUCAAUCCCCACCCUCUCUUGGAAGAAGAAGUUUGUAUUUGGGUGUGCCAACACAGGGCUGUGAUGUGUCGUAAAAUCAAAAGGCUUCAGGGACAGGUACCACCUUGUCAACCAGGGGGCGGUCUCCUGCACGGCAUUAAGCAAUGUUAAAGGGGGCAUGGUCAGUGACCCAACAAAACUGGGUCUCUGGGAGAUAGUAGCAGAGGGCCUGAACCACCCACUUCAUUGCUAGGUGCUCCUUUUCUAUGCCAGUAUACUUCUGCUCCCAGGGAAGCAGUUUUGUGCUGAGAUGCAGAAUGGAGUGUUCUCCAUCCUCAAUCUCUCAGAAGAGAACCAUCCCCAGGCCUUACUCUGAGGCAUCUGUCUGCAAUAUGAAUAUUUAUGUUAAGGACUGGUGUACUGCAUAGCAGCUGUUUUACUGUCCCAAACACCGUCUCACAUUUGGGUGAUCACUGAAUCCUUUUCAGUGCUCCCUUCCACGGCAGGCCAGUCACUGGGGCUGUGAUAGCUGCAAAUUGUAGGACAGUGGUCUCCAACCUUUUUAUGGUGAAAAUAACUUUUUUUAAGGUAAAGAGCACCCCAGGAUCCACCUCCCCUGCCCUGCCUCCCAGAGAAGCCGCUCGGGCUCUGACCCCACUCACCCAGCCCAGCCCAGGCAGCAGGGGGUGUGGCUAAGCCCAGCCACAUACAUCCUGGUGCUCCCAAUUGUGGAGCCUCUGACAGACUGAAAUCGACUGUCAGAGGCUCCACAAUUGACCAGUCAAUAGAGAUUGACUGGUUGGUGACCAGUGUUGUAGGAUGAAUCACCAGUAGUAGCUUCCCAAGCCCAGAAGUGUCUUCACUUGCUUUUUGGUUGUUGGUUUUAGUGCUUCCACCAAGGGCUUUACUUUGUUGACUAGGGGCCUGAUUUUACCAUUGCCCAGACUAUAUCCCAGGUAUCUAGUCCCCAUGUACCCCAGGUGACAUUUAGUUGGGUUAGCCAUGAGACCAGCUUCUUGUAUCAACUAUAACACUUCUUUCACCUGUUGGAGGUGGUCCACCCAUGUGUUGGUAAAUAUUACCACGUCAUCCAGAUAGACAGCCUCAUAUGCCUAGUGCGAGUGGAGUACUUUGGCCAUUAAAUAUUGGAAGGUCACUGGGGCCCCGUGUAGACCAAUAGAUAAAGUCUUGAAGUGGUAGAGUCCCCAGGGUGUUGCAAAGGCUGUGAUUUCCUGAGACACUGGAUCCAAAGUAAUUUGCCAAUAUCCUUUGGUCAAGUCACACACACACACACUUUGUGUUACCUAUUCCCUCCACCAUUUCAUCUAUUCUGGGCAUUGGGUAUAUGUCACAUUUUGAAACUGCUUUGGGUAUAUGUCACAUUUUGAAACUGCAUUGACUUUGUGGAAGUCAACGCAAAACUGGAUGGUGAGGUUGGUCAUUGACACCAACACAAUUGGGCUACUCCACUCACUGGUCAAUUAUUCUAUUACCUCAAGUCCAACAUCUUAACUUCUUGUUUUACCAUUUCUGCUAGUCAUGCUGGAAUUCUUAAGUGUCCCUUCUGAACUUCACAACCUGGCUUGAGGAUAAUCCUGUGUUCACUUAAUGCAGUCCAGCCUGGACUUGCUGUAAACACCUCUUUAAAUUCUUCCAAGAAGUUUUUGAUUUCAGGCUGUUGAGUCAGGGUCAAAGUCAAUAGCCUGGGCCAGUUAUUGGAAAUGGGAUGGAAUCCAGAAUCCCCAGGGCAGCUUCCACCAAACACUUAGAGACCAGACAGGCCUCUUGGGCUUUCCAGGGCUUUAACAGGUUAAUGUGGUAUACCUACGAACCCCACGGUUUCCCUACUAGACAAACUUCAUAAUUUACCUGUUCUACCCUCUGCAGGACCUUAAAAGAGCCUUGCCACUUCACCAGUAACUUACUCUUGGAGGAGAAAAGCAAUAGUAGGACUCAGUCCCCUAGCUGGUAGAUCCAGAGCCAAGCAUUUUUAUUGUAUUGCUGCUGCUCCUGUUGAGCUGCUUUGAGAUGUUUCCUUGUAAGGGUCCCCACCAGGUCUAAUCUUUCCCAAAGCUUCAAAACCUAUUGAACUACAUUUUGUGCAUCUGUCCUCUGGGCCUGCCAGGACUCUUGCAGGAGGUCUAAAAUGCCCUAGGGCUGCCUUCUACACAGUAACUCAAAGGACAAAAAAGCCUGUGGAAGACUGGAACUUCUCAUAUGGUGAACAACAAGUAGGGUAAUAACUGAUCCCAAUUUUGCAGCUCCUCUGAGACAAAUGUCCUCAACAUACCCUUCAGUGUUCAGUUAAGCUUUUCAGCCAGGCCAUCCUUUUGGGGAUGAUAUACUUGAAGUUCUUACUAAACGGACGUUCAGUAAGUAGUGACCUACUCAAUUUGUGAUUUUGCAGAUUUCAUGGAAAUUGUGAAAUGCGGCAUUAUUUGUGAAAUUGGGCAAUGUCUAUGAAACCUGCCAAAAAAACCUUAUUAAAAAUAAAAUGUUGGCUCCCUGGUGGGGAGCCAGUGGCCUGACCAUGUAGCCCACUGGGGGGGAGGGGGGUGGUGCCAGAGUGAAGGGGAGUAGCCAAGAUGGUGGCCACCACAGUCCCUUGCUGAUUGGCUGAGAUGGCUGCCUGUCAUGCAGCCCUGCCCCUCUACCAAUCAGUGACUAGGGGCAGGGCUGCACAAUGGACAGCCCUAUUAACCAAUCAGUGAUGAGGGACAGGGCCUCUCAGCCAGAUUCAUGGGGUGGGGCCUGUUGUGAUAAGCCCAUAAAAAUGGUGGCCGACCCCAUGAUCUGCCUGUGAAAUCAGUCACCUGCCUCCUUGAUUUGGAUAGGUUCCUAUCAAUAAGCUCCAGACCUCCUGUAGUAACUGGAAUAUGAAGGCCCUUCCCUGAUACAUUAAAGCCUCUUUAAGUAUGCACCCAGGAGAAAAUCUGCAGUAGCUCAGAAGCCACUGUUCAUACAGUGGCCUCUGAGCUGAUCACCAGCAGACCAGAUCACCACAGCCUCAAGGUAGCUGGUGGCAUAAUCAACUAGGACCAGGAUGAACUUGGAGCCCCUUGAACUGGGCUCGAGGGGUUCCACCAAAUCCAUCCUGAUCCAUUCAAAGGGUAUGCUGACCAAUGGGACAGGCACCAGUGGGCCCUUAUGAGCGAGCCAGGGGGCAACCAGCUGGCACUCAGGGUAGGAUGCACAAUAGCCUUUCAUUUCCUGAUAUACCCCAAGCCAAACAAAACCUUAUCAGCACUUUAUCCUAGAUCUUUUCCACUCCCAAAUGGUCCUCCCCCACUCCAUGGUGCACCAUGUGCCAGUUUCAGAAACUGACCACAGUACUGUUUCAGGACUAACAGUUGGAACCACCACACCAUUGUGACUUUGUCUUUGGUUACCCUCACCGGGAGGUCCUCCUGCAACUCAAAAUGGAGGUUCUGGGCUGCCAAACUUGCAUCCACUAUGUUCCCAUUGGCCUGGCCCAGCCAUCCAUACAGAGGGGCAUGAACUGGAUCCUUCCUUUGAUCAUAGAUGAAAUCUUCUAGUCCACCCUCUCGAUGAUUGCCUGGGGUUCCCUGACCCUCUGUUUCCUUUGGAGGGCAGUCCAGAUCAUAUUGAACCUUGACCCCUUUUCUUGAGAAUUUCCUCCAGCUGAUAUGGUCCUCCUGCCUGAAUUGCUGUCACUGUUUGACCUGGGUCAAGCCCAAAAAGCUCACGAUCCAAAAAGGGAAAUAUCUCCCUUUGUUCGGGUUCCAUGAGAUUAGGGUCAGCCUGGGUUUUAACAAUUUUUUGGGUCAGCUAUAUCAACUUGACCACCGAGCCCCAAUCUCGCUCUACUACCACUGUUAUAUGACUUUCCUGUCCCUUGAUGGUCAGGUUUAGGUGGAUUAUGGGGUAGGGUGAGUUAUUCCAAUGAAUGAAGGUGGCACAUGCAUAUUCAUUAACCAAGAUGUUUGUUGGACUCAAACUGCUCAUGUACAAACAUCUGACCACGGGGACAUCCCUUACUUUUACAGGGACCAUAUAUCCUCUUGUGUCUGGGCUCUUCCACUUUGCCUUCGAGACAGGCAUGGUAGUACCCACAAUCCAUCUGGUGGCCUUUCUUUUCAAAUUGUAAGCAUGUUAUUUAAGCCCCUCUUCCUUUGCUUGGGCUGUAGGGAUGUCCCAGGUGGCUUUCUUCUCUGGUGGGCCUGUUCAAGGGCUCUCCUCCUGCCUGGGGCCUCAGAGGAGAUGGAGGUAAAGCACCUACUUGAGGCUUGCCUAGAAACCCAGCCUGUUUGCCCUGCAGCCUGAGCUUCCCCAAGGAUCCCAGCAGUCUUAACUCCACCCCCAUGAAGUCUCCUGUCUUCUAUGUGGCUUCCUCCAGGCUGGCCACCUAGUAGUGGUACACCCACCUCCAGGCUUUUAGUGGGAGGCUGGUGCAGAACUGUUCUAAAGUCACUAGUUCCAAGAUCUGUCCAGUUGACCCAGAGUUCAGAUUUAGCCAGCAAAUGCACAAGUCCUUUGGCUUCUGGAUCAUGGCACAGGGCCAUGCAUUUGGGUGCAAAGUCUCUUUUCAAAACUUGCAGAUAGUCCUCUUCUGUGAGACCCAACCAAUCCAGUAUGGCUGCUUUAAGUAUCUUGUAAUCCUGGGCUGAAUCUGGUCCCAGGGCCUGGCAAGGUGCCUGUGCUUCCCUCGUUAACAGAGGGCCCCCUUUCACAGCCUGCGUGUCCCAUGGCCACUGAUAGAUCUCUGUCACCUGCUCAAAAGUUGUGAGGAAAGCCUCUGGGCCAUCUGCAGGUCCCACAUUGGUGAGGACUACACUCUCCAGCCUUGGGGAAUUCAGUGACUCACCCAUAGGGGUGCAACUCCAUCUUGCCGCUCCAUCUCUUUGCACUGCUCCAUUGCAGUUUCAGGAAUUCCUGCUGCUGCUGCUGCUGCUCUCUUUGGAAGUGUUGUUGUUGGAGCUAUUGAAACAGCUGCUGCCAUUGCUGCUGCAGCCUCUCCAGCCAUUUCAGCAGGGUUUUGGUCUCCAUGGCUGAUGCUGAUUUUAAAAUGCCCUCAUUCUCCACCACACGUAGUGGGUUGUCACUGAACUUUGAUUUUCCUUGGGGCAAACUUGUCCCCACAGCAAACAACAUCACUAAUAAAAACAAAAAUGCAAACAACAAAGGGUUAACUCAAAACCUGCCAUCCUUCCAUGGACCUGGAGAAGGCACCUCUGGCUUUGUGCUGCCUCCUCAGCUCCCCUCCCUGGGAGCUUUAACUUCCUCUGUGUCCAGGCAGUCAUCCCUGUCAACUGGCCAUGUGCCCCUGAGCAGGUAGACUAUUGCUCAUUAACCCCCCACAACUGGACUUCUGUCCCUGAGCCAUGCACCUGGUUACAGAGGGCCUUUUUCCAGGUAAAUCUGUAUUAAAAGCAGGUUACGCAAAACCAGACCAAGGCAGUCUUGUUCUAGAAUAAACAUGUAUACAGAUGUGGUUAUUCAGGAGUAGCUAUUGCACUUUAAAUUCACUCUCCAGCUUAAUCUGAAUUAAUUCAGUGUGUCAAGCCUCUUCAAAGCUGCUGUCCAGAUGCUGAUCAAACUUUGCAGCUCUCUUGUUGGCAUGGGAUAAUCAGUGUCAUUACUUAAGAAACUGAGACUGAGGUCCUGAUGCUGUUUCUUGCUGCUGAGUUUGCUGGAGCCAGGGCUGGCAGAGGAAUCCUUACUGCCAGGCUGCUCCUCAGUUCCCUGGAGCAUGCUGUCUGUAGGUGGAGUUCCAGAUGGCUCUGGUUGGAAGCACAAUGGGAGGCAGAACUAGCUGGGUUGGGGGAAGCCAGAUGAGAUGAAAGAAGUUCCUUAGGCUGCAAAACUUAGUUACAUGAGAGCCAUGGGAAGAGUUAGGGUUGAGUGCACUGCCAUGACUUGUGAAGCCAGGUACCCAAGGCAGAGCUGGGCCUCGUGUGGAUUAUGGCACGGUCCCUUGGGCUGCUGAAGGGGUGUGAAAAUGCAGGUUCUAUCUGUGACUUGCCCAGGGAGGAUUGAGCUGGUAGAGCUUGCUCUUACCCCAACUGGCCCCAAGACAUCCUGCCUCAAGAAGGGUGCCAGGACAGAGCUCUGCUUUGGGGAGUCUUAGCUCUUGGCUGGGCUGCUGGAGCAUCCAUGUAAAGUUACAGCAACCCCUAGGCUUCCCCAGUUUCUGACAGAGGAGCUUCAGACUGGCCUUCAGCGUCAACAAGAAUUUUAACCAGUUCCCUGCCUCCUCUUCCCCUGCCCUAUCCCCAUGCUCCCCUGCACUUAGAACUUCACUGCAGGGGAGAAUCUGCCUCAAGACUUCCACAGGACCUAGGGCCAGCACAGCCAGUGAAUCAGAACAACCCUCCAUGGUGGAAUCCCAGAAAUGGACUUCUGCAGCUAAGCUUUUUUUUCUGGGAGAGGGAUAAGGUGCCCCCCCCCCCAUACAGCUGCCCCACCCGGCCCUGCUCCUGGUUCUUUUUUAAAAAAAGACAUGAUUCACUGGCUCCUGCCAGUGGGGGGGGGGGGGAGGGGGGGCGGGUGCUGCCUCCCACUGACCCAUGCUGCAUGGGGGCUCUGCCAUGAAACCCCAGAAGCCUCGAGGCCGCUGUAGCAGCUGAUGAGUAGGGGCAUUAAAAAAAAAAAAAAGAACGGGGAGCUGGGGCUGGACAGGGCAGCCAUGGGGGAGGCUGGGAGAGCAGGCAGGUGGUGGGGGCUUGUGGCAGAGCCCCCCAUGAAGCAUGGGGCAGUGGGGAUUGCCCCCCCAUCCCCCGGCCUGGCAGUAGCCAGUGAUUAGGGGCUUUUUUUUUUUUUUUUUAAAGAGCCGAGAUCUGGGGCCGGCUGGGGCAGCCAUGAGGGAGGCUGGGAGAGUGGGCAGGGGUUGGGGGGCACCCAGGGGGCUGGGGGAGCAGGCAGGGGAUUGUGCCUGACAGGGGUCCCCCCAUGGUCCCCUUUUUCAGCCCCCCCCCCCGACGAGCCAGGUCCAGCUCCCUGCAGCAGUGAGCGACGAUUGCCUGAAUCAAUUCAGACGUUUUUAUUGAUCUCCUGAUUCAAUUAGGAUACAGAGAUUUGGCUGCCAAAUUGGGCCGAAUCUCCUCUGAAUCAAAUCAGCACCCAAAGCUUUGCGCAGCCCUACCAGUGACUGCUGAGUGAGUGUGGAGGAAGUGUUUAGGUCUUCCUGAUUCCUGCAUUUGGUGUCUGUUCCCCAGCUCCCUCCUUUUCCCAGUGUCUAGAGGGUAAUUUGAGACAUUUUAGCAGCUUCAGGCAUUGCCCCAGGCUGUCUGUUCUGUUCCUACCAACAUGGCACAGCCACAUGUUAUCUGAUGGCACUGGUAGAGCCCCUUUGGAGUUGCUUGUUCUGAAGAAGUCUCUUGGGCAGCACAUGGCCUGGGAUGCCCACCUGACUAGCUGGCACUAUUAGGUGAAGGGAAGUUGUACGUAUCCACUCCUGCUAAUUCAGAGUCAGUUGAAUCUUGUAGGUCCUGCUGACUGCUUUGUUAGCAGUGCUGACUCCAUUAUUGUAUUUGUCCACUGCAGUGACACAAGUGCCAACUAAUGUUUUUGACCUCAGAGGCCUGAAUUCAGCAGGUGUGAAGUGGAUUAGAGUGCCACUGGUGUCUCUCAGAUCCACUCCCUCUGGAUCAGAGGCAGGCUUGGGGCUGUGGCCAAAGCAACUCAUUUCAAGACAGCUUGGUGCUCCUGAGUACAGUGACACUCUGAAUUCUAUAGACCAGGGGUGAGCAAAAUACAGCCCAUGGACUGAAUGUGGCCCGCGAGGCCAUUGUAUCUGGCUCGUGGGGCACCUAAAAAAUUUAGAAAAUUAAUAUUUAUCUGCCCUUGGUUCCUGUCAAAAAUUACAGGAACCAAGGGCAAUAUGACCCAGGGGAAGCCUAGUGGGCUCCCACAGCAGCAGGACCUGCCUGACCCCGCACCCCAGCCGGAAGCCCCAGUUGGGGCUUCUGGCUUGGGAGCAUGUGGCUGCCCCAUGCCAAAACCACAGGUACAGGGGAAGGAGGGGGGGAGGACCCUGGGCAGGGAAGGAGCCCAGGAAAACACUGAGUGUGGUGGGGGGGAAAAGUGGCCUCUCACCCACCCCAUGGCCGGCACUCCAUGCUGCAGCUGCUAGCAGCCCACAUGGGGCUGCCUGUGCCUGCUCUGGACAACCUCACCCAGGCUGUGAGUGGCUGCAUCAGUGAGCACUGGCCAUGGGGCAGGAGAGGGGCUGCUCCUCCCCGUCCCCCCUCCUGCCCAGCUUUUCCCCGGGCUCCUUCCCGGCGUGGAGGAAAGCGGCCCUUCCCCCAUCACAUGGCUGGUGCCCUGUGCUGCAGCCGCUCACAGCCCAUGCAGGGCUGUCUGGAGCAGGCACAGGUAGCCCCAGGCAGGCUGCAAGUGGCUGCAGUACGGGGCGUGGGGUGCUGGCAAUGGGGUGGGCGAGGGGCUGCUACUGCACUCAGCACCACCUUGUAACCCAGUCCCGCUGCCAGCCUUGGCCCCGCACCAGCUCUGGGCUCACCCGCUGGGGCUGUGUGUGGUGACAGCAGCUGCAGCCCCCCAACUGGUGCUGGCCCUGGGACAUUGGUCCCAAGAUGGUGCCCAGGGGGCAGGGCACCUGUCAAGGGGUGAGGCUACCCAUGCGGCCCUCAACAGCCUGCCAAAACUGGGUAAGCGGCCCUCUGCCUGAAAUAAUUGCCCACCCCUGAUAUAGACAUUCCUGAAUGUGCGACAGCCCUGCUGCCUGUGUGGAGUAGGCAGGGAAGAUCUAGUCCAUGACCUGCAGACCUAUGCCCUCCCACACCAAGGAGAUCACUCUCUAUGAGAGUGCAUGGACUGCUUAAGAGGCAUUACAAAGUUACAUGUCCCAAGUUGCCCUCUUGGCUUUCCAUUUCAGGAUCCUCCACUGGCUGCUGGGUCAUGGGAGACCUAAGUUCAUAGCACCAAUGCAUUGCUGUCCCCAGCUGUAGCAUUUCCUGCAGACUGAAGCAUGUCUGGCUUUGCUGGAAGACCAAGGAGUACCCACCAAGCAAUUAAUCCAGUUGAGAGUAAGCAGCCUGCAAAGUCCAGGCCAAGGCUUUAGACUGACUGGGAACCAGCUUGCAAGAGCAGAUCUGAUAGCAACCAGCCCUGCUCGAGCUUCUCUAUGGUCCCACUGCACUCCUGUCAGCAAGGGCAUCCCUGAGGAAAGCAGUGGCAGCUGCAGGUGUUGUAUGUGGCUCUGUCACUCUUAGUCAUGUUUCUGAAACUAGAUUCCAAAGCCUGGAGCACAGUGGCCCCCAGGGUGUAUGGGAAGCAGGGCAGGAGAGAUGCCACAUCUGUCUGGGAGCCACCAAAAAGCCCUGUUGUGGCUGAGGCACAGGAACGUUGUUUCUGUGAUUUUUGCUCCCAGUUCCACCAUGGGAUUGUCAGCUCUCUGUCACGCCCAGCAGGACUGCGGACACUGAGCUCGUUUUAAAACUACUGAGAUGCCCCUGGGGGCCUGGCAGGGGAGUAGAAGUGGAUGUGUGGUCUUAGAUCUUCCACAUUUUGCUGUUUGCAAACAUGACCCAACACCAUUAGUCCUUCUGAUAUCCUGUCAUUUCACAGCAGCUCACACUCAACUCAUUGAUGGUGGUGCUGGAUUUCCAUGGUGUGGCAUUGACACACGUUUUGGGGUAGAGGCAGGUGUGGAAGGGGAUACCACAAUGGGGUCCUUUGUCCCUACUUUCCCAGAUGCAUGCUCCCUAGUCAAAGGGAUCCUGCCUGGAUAAGGUGGAGCUGCUCCCAAGUACCAGCAAAGCAGGCCACCCCUCUGUGGCCAUAUCUGAUCCCUUUGGCAGGAAACAUGAGGAUCUACUGCACAGCACCUGUCGACUCCAAACUCAGGCACGCUUACUAACAUCUGGAGCUCCAGCAGUGUGAAUAUCCCUGUGCCCUCUGCAGGUGACUGCAGCAUAUUUCUAUUGUAAAGAGUUUUAUAAAUUGUUGGUGUUUUUUUUUGUUUUGUUUUGUUUUGGGUAUUCUUUUUAAUAAAAAUAAUUCUUGCUCCAAAGAUUGUAAAUAUGUAAAUGUGGAGGAUGUACUAAUUUUCCCAUGUGAUCUAGACUGUAUAUACUGUAAAUCUAGAUGGUGGAUUUUAAACAGAGUGAAAAAUGUGUAAGGAAAAAGCUGUUUACUAAAAGAUAGUGACACGUACAUGCGUGGAUAAAGUUAUUUUUCAAAAAGCA